GCGCGCGGACUCGCCUGGGGGAGGGGCCACAGCCACCCGUCCUUCGCCCCAGGCGGCCGCCGCCACAGCUCAGUGGCGUCCGCCGCGCUCCCGGGACUCGCCGGCCCGCGGGAGAAAUGUUGCUGAAGUGCUGCUGAAAGGGCCAAAGAUGCAAGGAUUUGGGACACAUUUUGAACCUUUAAGCUGUCUGACAUUGACCUCCUUUCAUUAUUAAUAAAGAAGAAGCAGGAGCUUAGGAUGUAUUAACACCAAGUCAUUAAUAUACUAACUGGACAAUGUUCUGCAACAAUUCUACAUUGUAAAGAACUGGAUUGGCUGAAAAUAAAAUAAUUUCAUAUUUUACUCAGCUUAUAAUAUGACUCGAUGGAGGAAAAUUUGAUAAGCAUGAGGGAAGACCAUUCUUUUCAUGUUCGUUACAGAAUGGAAGCUUCUUGCCUAGAACUGGCCUUGGAAGGGGAACGUCUGUGUAAGUCAGGAGACUGCCGUGCUGGUGUGUCCUUCUUUGAAGCUGCAGUUCAAGUUGGAACUGAAGACCUAAAAACACUUAGUGCUAUUUACAGCCAGCUGGGCAAUGCUUAUUUCUAUUUGCAUGAUUAUGCCAAAGCAUUAGAAUACCAUCAUCAUGAUUUAACUCUAGCAAGGACUAUUGGAGAUCAGCUGGGGGAAGCCAAAGCUAGCGGUAAUCUGGGAAACACCUUAAAAGUUCUUGGAAAUUUUGAUGAAGCUGUAGUUUGUUGUCAGCGACACCUAGAUAUUUCCAGAGAGCUUAAUGACAAGGUGGGAGAAGCAAGAGCACUUUACAAUCUUGGAAAUGUGUAUCAUGCCAAAGGGAAAAGUUUUGCCUGCCCUGGUCCUCAAGACAUGGGAGAAUUUCCAGAAGACGUGAGAAAUGCUCUGCAGGCAGCUGUGGAUUAUUAUGAGGAAAACCUAUCACUAGUGACUGCUUUGGGUGACCGAGCAGCCCAAGGACGUGCCUUUGGAAAUCUUGGAAACACACAUUACCUCCUUGGCAACUUCAGGGAUGCGGUUAUAGCCCAUGAACAGCGUCUCCUUAUUGCAAAAGAAUUUGGAGAUAAAGCAGCUGAAAGAAGAGCAUAUAGCAACCUUGGAAAUGCAUAUAUAUUUCUUGGUGAAUUUGAAACUGCCUCUGAAUACUACAAAAAGACACUGCUAUUGGCUCGACAGCUUAAAGACAGAGCUGUAGAAGCACAGUCUUGCUAUAGUCUCGGAAAUACAUACACUUUGCUUCAAGACUAUGAAAAGGCCAUCGAUUAUCAUCUGAAGCACUUAGCAAUUGCUCAAGAGCUAAAUGAUAGAAUUGGUGAAGGAAGAGCAUGUUGGAGCUUAGGAAAUGCAUACACAGCUCUAGGGAAUCAUGAUCAAGCAAUGCAUUUUGCUGAAAAGCACUUGGAAAUUUCAAGAGAGGUUGGGGAUAGAAGUGGUGAACUAACAGCACGACUGAAUCUCUCAGAUCUUCAAAUGGUUCUUGGUCUGAGCUACAGCACAAAUAAUUCAAUAAUGUCUGAAAAUAUUGAAAUUGAUAACAAUUUGCAUGGUGCACGCCCGAAGUUUGGACGCCGACACAGUAUGGAAAACAUGGAACUUAUGAAGUUAACACCAGAAAAGGUACAGAACUGGAACAGUGAAAUUCUUGCUAAACAAAAACCUCUUAUUGCCAAACCUUCUGCGAAGCUGCUCUUUGUCAACAGAUUGAAGGGGAAAAAAUGCAAAACUAAUUCCUCCACUAAAGUUCUCCAAGAUGCCAGUAAUUCCAUUGAUAAUCGAAUUCCAAAUUCUGAGAGGAAAAUCGGUGCAGGUAUUACUGGAGACGAAGGGUUCUUUGACCUGGUAAGCCGAUUUCAGAGCAAUCGGAUGGAUGAUCAGAGGUGCUGCUUACAAGAACAGAGCUGCGGGACUGCUUCAGCUGCGGCUUCUUCCACUCCACCUCGAGUGAUGAUGAAAGCACCGUCUGUUUCCGUGGUGUCCCCCAACACAGAUGAGUUUUUAGACCUUCUUGCCAGCUCACAGAGCCGUCGUCUCGAUGACCAAAGGGCCAGUUUCAGUAAUUUGCCAGGGCUUCGUCUGACACAAAACAACAAUAAGUCCGUACUUGGCCACUUGAUGACUAAUGACAACAAAGAGCCUGAUGAAGACUUCUUUGACAUCCUUGUAAAAUGUCAAGGGUCCAGAUUAGAUGAUCAAAGAUGUGCUCCACCACCUGCCACCACAAAGGGACCAACAGUACCAGACGAGGACUUUUUUAGCCUGAUUCUACGUUCUCAGGCGAAAAGAAUGGAUGAACAGAGAGUUCUUUUACAAAGAGAUCAAAACAGAGACGCUGAAUUUGGGCUGAAAGACAUUUUGCAAAGUAAUGCUUUGUUGGAAUUUAAAAAUACAGGAAAAAAAUAAACCACUAGUUAUUACGGAUAUAUUUUUUUUAAACGACCUUAUUUCCUUUCAGAACACUGCAGGGAAACUUUUUUUCCUUAAAAGGAGAAAUUAUAGCACUGUAAUACAGCUUAAAAUGUUUUUAGAAUGAUGUAAAUAUUUAACCUUUAAUAGUAUAGCAUUAAUUCACAUUUCUCUGGACACUCACUUGUUUCAGGGUGGAGGUGUCUUAUACAAGGUGCUUCAUCAACUUUUUUGAAUAAUGCUUGGGAUUGUGUUCUUUGGCAACUUUUUAGAUUCCUUUACGUAGUGUUUGUAAAGUGAUAAUUUUUUUUAACUCUUGAUGGCAUUUUUUAAACACUGAACCGUGGAAACAGUAAGAAAUUAGGCUGUUUAGUAAACAAUAACAUACUUGACCAAUGUGUAAAAAAGUUAUAUAGUCUUUAUUAAAAGAAUCUAGAUCUUUUUUCUGCUAAAAAUCCUAUUUUCAGUAUGUUAUUAGUUCAAACCCAUUAUAAAAACUCUAAGAAAUAAACUUUUAGCAUGUUCUGGACCCUUGAA